UAGCGACCGAGCUUGACUACGGGGGAGAACCGCACACAGUCACUUAAAGGAAAAGACAACAUUUGGAAACAAAUGAGAAAGAAACGCGCUACUUUUAAAAGAAAUUGCCGAAAUGCCGUGGAAGUGAUAUGACUGCAUCGACAAAACGAGAAGAUACGGAAUACGUGUGUGUGGAGUAACUGUUUGCGUUGCCUAUAUAACGAGCUUUUGGGCUAACAGGCUAGCACAGUUGUCGCUAAAACAUGGUGGGCAGACACUGAGUGAAAAAACCCUCUAGACGCGCUCAAAUACUUGUGGAUAAUGCUGGAGAAUUAAUUCGUUUGCUGUCUUUACUGCUCGGAGUGAAUUUUGUGGACUUUGAAAUUGCUUUUUGGUUUAAUUUUCUUGGAGGAAAACUCUCGAGCACGACCUUUGAAAGUUUCGCGUUCUGACGUUUCGCGCAAGUUAACCAUCCAUCAGGCUCCGUCAGAAAAGAUGAUUGAUUGAUGUAUUGCGUACUUGACCAAGAAUGCACAAGAAACGAAGAGUUUCUCACCAUAAGCGCAACUCUUGCGGCAAAGUUACCAGAUUCAGAGCAUCACACCCUCAUCCAUUCAUUUAACCGCAUUCGCUCUUGAAAACAAUGGCCAAUGUAUAGGCUGCAGGAACUGAACUGGAAUAAUGGAAACCGUUUCAUGGAUUACACGGAAUAUAUCUCUGUGGCUAAUUAAUGGCACUUUCCUUAUGCGUUAGGUGUAAAUUUGGACUAGUCCAUGAAAAGCAACACAUGGUUUGCUUUCAAAUCAAUUUAGAAGACUUACAGAGAAAAUUACAUGGAGACUAGUUGGUCAUGCCAAGGAAGGAGUUACCAUUGCCAGAGGGUUGGGAAGAGGCCCGAGAUUUUGACGGGAAGGUCUAUUAUAUAGACCAUAUUAACCAAACCACCAGUUGGAUUGACCCAAGGGAUAGGCAGACUAAGCCUCUGACUUUUGCCGACUGUAUUGGAGAUGAGCUGCCUGUGGGAUGGGAGGAAGCCUACGACCCCCACGUUGGAGCCUAUUAUGUCGACCACAAUACCAAGAGCACCCAGUUGGAGGAUCCGCGGGCCCAGUGGCAGCGGGAGCAGGAGCUCAUGUUGCGGGAUUAUCUGAAUGUGGUUCAGGAAGCGUUGAGUGCCCAAAAGGAGAUCUACCAGGUCAAAGAACAGCGACUUCACCUCGCCCAGCAGGAAUAUCGGCAGCUAAAUGAUGCUUGGCGGGACAAGUCAUCCUCACAGACUAGCUUAAAUUCCAGAUCCUCAUCAAGCAGUAAAUAUGACCCUGAAAUCCUCAAAGCGGAGAUUGUUACAGCAAAAAGCCGGGUAAAUAAGCUGAAGAGAGAUUUGGCCUGUAUGAGGCAAGAACUCCUUUAUAAGGAGCAAGGCUUUGAGACAUUGAAAGAAAUUGAUCACAAAGUGUCCAGUGCCACACAAGGCUACAAACUGCAUGAAGCCCAGGCCAUCCUGAAGGAGGUGAAGACCAUUAAAGAUGCCAUCAGCUCUGGGGAGAAGGAGAAACAGGAGCUCAUGCAGAAAUUGGCUGUGCUGAAGGAUGGUUUCCAGUUGGAAUAUGGCUCUCAGUCUGACCUGUGGGCCAGCAAUCCGUCCUUGGCCAACUCAAACCUCUCUCUGCCCCGCCUCUACUCAGACGCCGAGUCUCAAACAGACGUACCUGCUGAGUUUGUAUCAAACUCAAAUAAACUGGCUGAGAAGGUACGACUGAGCCUGAAAUAUGAGGAGGCAAAAAGAAGGAUUGCAAAUAUUGAGGUCCAGAUUGCCAAACUGGAUAGCGAGGCUUGGCCAGGCCUUCUGGACCCAGAGAGAGAUCGCCUGAUCCUCAUCAAUGAGAAGGAAGAGCUGCUAAAGGAACUGCAGUAUGUAAGGCCGUGCAAGCGUGCACCCAGCGAGGCAGAGAAGAUCGAGUCUGAAAAGAAGCGACUUGAGAAGGACCUGCAAGCUGCACGGGACAACCAGAGCAAAGCACUGACUGAGAGGUUAAAGCUGCACUAUAGAAGAAACAAACUAGUGAAGGAGCUGGAAGAGACGGUGAGGUUGGCGUCUUCCCUGGACACCCAGCUGAAAAGUCUGUCAGCCAGCACGCUGUCAUGUUCCUCAGGCAGCAGCCGUGGAUCGUUGACCUCCAGCCGAGGAUCCCUGGCCACCUCCAGCUUGGGCUCCACUUCCUCUCUCAGCUUCACAGACAUCUACCUGGAGCAGCCUGAACUGGGUGACCCUGACUUCCAGAACAAACUGGACUCUAUUUUGCAGGAGGGAAGCACCUCUGGCUACAGGCCCUCCAGCUCCAUCACCACCAUCCAUGAGAACGAGGUCUCGUCCUCCUCCAGGCAAGUCGGCAGUGGGCCGGGGAUGGGCCAGAGAACCCAAGUACUGCGGCUGUCAGAGACACCUCACUCCAUGAGCUCCCUGUCCCCGCGUUCCUCGCUGUCUUCCCUUUCUCCUCCUUGCUCACCCCUUGUUACCGAUGCUUCCUUCCUGUCGGGAGAGGCCUUCUCUGGUCCGGCUUCACAGUUGGAUUUAGAUCUGCAAACCAGGCUGAUGGAACUACGGUUAGAAGAGGACCACCAACAGGGUGCAGUAGAGUCUUUGAAAGAUGCUGUUACGCAAACAAGGAUGUCUGGGCCGGGAUCGAAGAAGGCAGGAGUAACGUCAGCAGUGUCUGACGAAUCAGUAGCAGGCGAUAGUGGGGUAUAUGAGCCCUCAGAGAAAAGGUCGGGGCUUCCUGUUGAGCAACAGCUGGGUUAUGAUGACGGGAGCUCAGCAAGCAGUGCUCAGAUCAAACUCGGCCUGAAGUAUGAAGCGAAAGACAAGAGGUUCACAGUGUUCGUAAUGCAGCUCUCCAACUAUAGCGCACUCUCCCUGCCAGCCAACCAGAACAUAUAUGUUCGUGUGGUGGUACUGCCGUGCUCAGAACCCAUUCGCUGCCUGUUCCGCACCCAUGGGGCUCUGCCGCAGGAUUCGUUAGAGUUUAAGGAAGCGUUUAGCCUGCAGAUGUCCUCCACUGCUCUCAGACAGAAGACUCUACGCAUUGAUGUCUGUAGCACCAGCAAGUCUGGUCGAGAGGACUGUCUAGCUGGUGCUCAGAUCAGUUUGGCUGAUGAAGAGUAUUCAGAGGAGUGGUGCACCAAGUGGUACAACCUCCUCAACUGCACAUACAUGCCACAAAUGGAUGGAAAGCACAAGGAAAGAGAGGUCUCUGUUCAGCAGGAGCUGGCUCCCAGCACCUCAGACGGCACUGUUGCAUGUCUGGAGAACGCUCCGCUGGAGGACUGCCCCGCAGAGGCUUUGGAGGGUGACGUGUUUGUGGAUGAAGAAGGUAGUGAUGGUGAGGAGGACGAGGAGUUCUACCCCGACGACUGCCAGUGGGAACAGGAGGAAGAGCCAGUUAAACCUGGACCAAAAGCAGUCAUAACGGAAAAGGUGAAUAAACAGACAAGUGUGGAUGGUCUCCCGCAUUCUGCUUCGGUCGUUCGUCCCAAGGAGCGGCGACAUGAUGUCCAUCAGCAAAACCCUUUUAUGCGAGGAAACACCAUCAUCCGGUCCAAGACAUUUUCCCCUGGACCUCAGAGCCAGUAUAUCUGCAGGAUCAACCGCAGCGACAGUGACAGCUCCACCCUGUCUAAGAAAUCUCCCUUCGUCCGGAAUGCCUCAGAGAGACGCAGUGUUCGAAUGAAGAAGCCACAGAUGCAGGUCAAAGGUCUGGACGGGCUCCUGCGCACCUCUCUGGAUCUGGAGCUGGACUUGCAGGUCACUCGCACACGGCACAGCCGACUGAACGAGGAACUGCGUGUGCUGCGGGAGCUUAAGGAGCAGUUAGAGAGCGCCCGGCAACAGGGCCAGCACAUCCUUCCCACAUGGGUGCAGGAGGAUGAGCGCUUUCGUCUGCUUCUCAAACAUACAGAGAGACAAACCCAUGAAGAGCAGCUACAGGAACAGAGGGUAGAGAAGAUGAUGCGAGCAGCAGCCAAGGAUGUGCACAAGAUUCGUGGACAGAGCCUCAAGGAGGUUCCUGGGGUCCAGUCCUUUAGAGAAAAGAUGGCCUUCUUCACCAGGGCAAAGAUAAACAUUCCUGACCUACCAGCUGACGACGUGUAGAAGAUAUCCAUCUUAAAUGCUGUUUCCAUGGAGACAAAACUGACGUCUGGCGGUAUUAUGAAGAAUGAAGAAUGGUGUGACAGGAAAAUGUAUGUUGGGCAGGAAAAAUGUAAUUUUAAAACACUGGGUUUUAUCUCUCAAAACUGAAAUUGUAUAGAUCCGUGUUUUUUUUUUUUUUUUUUUAGAUAGAUUUAUUUUUUAAUUUCACCAUGUUCUGUUACUAAUAAGAGUAUGUCUGUAUCUGUACUAGGUAUUUUACUGGUCAUUCAAAAACACCAGUUCGUCUUUGAAACGAGUGUGAAACAUGCUGCUCUGCUAAUUGGGCAGAACUGCUUACUGUAACUCUUGAAGAUGUGAAAACAGAUACUUAGGGUACUACUUCUGUUCAUACCACAAGGGUUCAGGACAAAAUGAAUGGGCAUAAAUCCUGCUAUUCCAGUCAUGUCCCUCUAAAACAAGCACAUCUGUCCACAUUUAUGUUCAACAGUUGUUGUUUUUUUUAUUUUGCAAAUGUGUAAACGGUUACAGAUGUUAGCAAGCAUGAAUCUAAAGCAUGAGUUAAUUAGACCGGUUAGUAGACUAAAUUGAUUGCUAACAGUUCUCCUUGUUCGUUUUGUUAAUUGCACAUGCAAACAAGACACGUUAGUUCAAAUGUUCGUAAAAUAAUGUAGAAACUGCACUUAGUUCCACAAACUCUCAGGUAGAAUAUCAGAUAGUUCAUGCACUUUAAUAGAAAAAAGGCAUCAAUAUAGAGAAUAAAGCAAAAAAGCACAUUGUGAACGCUAAGAUCGUACUAUCCCGUAUACUAGCUCUUGUUGCAUCUUUGGAAACCUUUAAGCGUCUUUUUAGGUUAUAUGAACUUCCCAUUCUAGUUCUUACAGUGGCAUGUUCUCAUAGUGUUUCAUUUCUAUUGGUUUGGAUCUCUUCUAGUCUAAUCUAAAAAAAAAAAAAAACCCUCACAAGUCUACAGGUUUGCUCUAGACUACAAACUUGGCUUUUUAUGUGACUAAUAAGCUACUGAACACAAACAGUAGCAUCAUUUCAUUUACAUCAAAGCCAAUAUCUUAACAAAACUUAUUUUAAGUGCUACCUACCAGUACUAGAAGAGUCUUUGGUGUGUUGAAUCUCAGAAAAUCUUAUCAUAUUUCAUUCCAUAAACAAAAGAAAAAUAGGAAAUUAUAUUUGGCAUAAGAUUUGCAUGAAAUCAAUAAAAUGAAUUGAAAUGUAAGAUUAUUUUGAUGAAAAUCAAGCACAUUUUGUCUAAAUUCUUAAUACUGUAAUGUGAAGGAGAAACUCGUUGCCGUUAGGCAGUGUCAUAUGCAUUACUGUAAUGAGAAUGAUUUUGUUUUCUCUCUCGUUACCAUUUUUUUGUGAUGUAAAAUUAAGUACUAUCAUAAUGUAUAGCAAAUUUGUUCUUUGUUGUUUUAUACAUUAAUGAGAAAAAUGCCUUUCGGUAGACUAGUACCUGAAAAUAAUCCAAUCAAAUCAAAAUCCAAAAUCCUUAAUGGCCAUAAAAAAGGUGUCAGUUUUUGUCAUUUCUAAUUGUUCGUCUUUUGAAUUUGGAGAAAAAUAUGACCUGGAUAGUUUUUGUGAGAUUUAAGAAAAACGGUGUUGAAAUUUGGAACCGUAUAAUUGCUGUGGCAAGAAAACGUCAACACAUCUAAGGCACUGAAAGCUGUGAAGGCACGCAGUUUAUAAUUCCCAGCUCUCCCUGUAAACACUUAAUAAUGUAUCGCACGCCACUGCAGAGAUUCGUUUGUGUAACAUUUGGAGACUCCUCAUACAGAGGGAGUCACUGGUGAUUUGCAUUAUGUAAAUGAGCGCUCCCUCUAUGCUAAUCUAAUAUUGAUUUUCACUAAACUCUUCAUCUACAUGCAAAAUGUUCUGUUAAAUCCAAUUAUUUGAAAGUAUCUCGAUAAUAGAUGACUAUGAAUGUUACUACCAUGUCAUUAAAACCCCUUUUGAACAAUAGCUUUGCAUCACAGGCCAAGAUGUUAGUCUGAAUGUAGCACUUUAAAAAAAAAAAGCCCCAGUUGAUGCGACCCUUUAUUUGAUACUGAUUUGCAUUGUACAUAAUGUUGACCUAAUUUAACCAGUUAUGAAUGGUAUUACCUGCCCGAUUUCAUGGAUUUUGCUCACAUUUAAAUGUUACGUGAAAUCUCCAGUCGAUCUACACCUUGUUAGGCUAAGGUGUAGUUCAUGCUCUUGACAUCUUGGUUUUGGAUUCGCUCAGUUUCCCUGCUGGUAUGCCUUCCCAUGUACAGUACAUGUAUGUUCUUAAUGAGGAUCUCCUGUGCUUCAGUAUGUUUUAUUUUUCCUCAAGGAAAUAUUGAAUGUACUGUCCUUGGUUCAACCUCAGAUCAACUAAUACGUCAUAGGAAUUUUAGUAGCAAUAUUUCUACUCUCAUUAUAUUACAUAAAUGUACCCGUAUGGACUAAGCGGGCAAUGAUAUGGUCCAAAAUGAUACCACAGUGUUUGAAACUAGUGUGAAGUCUGGUACAGAUGGUCCAGAAGCCCUCCUUCAUCUGCAAUGCACAUAUGCAUAUGGCCGAGUCUCUUGCUCCACCUAGUGGCAUACAGACAGUGAAUUGAACUUGUACUAGCACUCUUGUUAUGAAACCCUAAUUUCUUCUCCAUUGUGAUUUUGCCUGAAAUUGGUUUAGGGGAUGGAGAUUGCACAUUUAUUUUGAUGGCGUCGCAUUAUAAACGACAUCUAAGACCCAACGAAAUGCUGUCCCAAAGCUUUUAGCCAAAUAUCUAAUUCAAAUAGAAGCGUCAUAUAGCUUUCACUUUAAAGCCACUGAACUCUGUUGUUUAACUUAGUUUAUGAGAGUACAAACAUUUCUUUGACUUUUGUUUCUCUUCUUUAAUGUAUUAUUUCUGCAGAUUAGACCCAGUUAAGACAGUACACUGCCAAACAUAGAGUACAUCCCAGCUUUGUUUGUUAAGCUGCUGCGUGAUGCACAUUUUUCUCACAUUGGCAUUUUUAAUUAAGGUACUUUAUUAUUAUUAUUAUUUUUACCAGAGCUUUUCAGAUUUACAGUUUUUAUGAAUUUACAGUUAUUUGAAUGUGAGAGAAACAAUAGGUCCCCUUUAAAUUUGUACUGUUUACCUGGAAACACUACAGUUAGUAUAUCUCAUUCUGAGAGUACUCGAACAAUAGACAAUGUCUUAUGUUUUCACUGGUCGUACAGUAUCUACCGUUCACAGUAUGUGUUGGAGACAGUUGUCUUGAUUGAUUAGGUGCUCUUUAACUAUCAAUUCUGAGGUUCAUAAGGACAUAUUAUUUGGCUUUUUUUAUUUUUUAUUUGGACGCAUGGUCCAAUCAUGCAUAAAUCAUGUAAUACUUGCUCAAUCACAAGGAAAAAAAAAAAAAAAUGCUGUCAGUAUCUGAUGCUGGUAGUCAUGAAUGAUUCAUUUGUUUAUUGUUCACAGUAGGACUUUUAUUUAGAAAACUCCAGUGCAUUUAAUUUUUUUUUUUUUUUUUUAAUCUUGUAUUAAUGAUGAAAAAAGAACCUGAUCUGAUCACAGAGAUGGUUUGAGAAGUACAGCUUGUAUUUAUUGCACUUUUGUGAUUUGGGUGUGCUGUCUUUCUUUUUUUCUUGUGAGACUUCUGAAAGCUGUGAAUUUUAUCAUCGACACUGUACUGUCAACCAGAAUUGUAAAUAUAUCACCAGCACAAUAGUAUGUUUUGUAGUUUCACAACAAAUAUAAAAAAAAAUCCUUUCUUCUAAUCUGUAUAAUGUUUUGUGUGUGUUUGUAUGUGUACUGUCACAUUCCUAAUAAUAGAUUUACCUGUACAGAAAACUUUGAAACCAAGAUUUUCUUCUCAUUCCAACUAUGUGCAGUUACUUCCAGUAAAAUAUCAA